CCUGAACAGCAGGCGGAAGAGGAGGUGUGCUUAACAUUUAACCUUUUUUGCAAGACAAUGUGAAAAUGGCGUUAUGAAAGGAAAGAACCACGACCAACGGGCAAACAAAGUUUUCAGAGCAGCAGCAGCAGCAUGGGGAACACGAGCAGUGAGAGGAGCGGAGCGGCUCAAGGGGAGAAGGCGCAGAGACGGGAGAGCCGCGGCGCUAAAGAUGGAGCUCGACCCAAAAUACUGAUGGACAGCGCGGAGGACGGGGACAUAUUUCAAUCAGAUGAUGCAAAGGAGUUUCUAGCCUGGCAACAAGAUCAGGAAUCAGAUUGUAAAGCUUCACAAGAGGAAAGGCCCACUGUGUUCCGCUAUAACGGUCCAGGGAAAGAGAUCUACUUGUCUGGCUCAUUUAAUAACUGGACCAAAAUCCCCUUGAAUAAGAGUCAUAAUAAUUUUGUGGCAAUAAUUGACCUGCCAGAGGGAGAGCACCAGUAUAAGUACUACGUAGACGGACACUGGACAUUAGAUCCCAAGGAGCCUGUUGUGACCAACAAGUCAGGUGUCGUGAAUAAUGUAAUUAAAGUGAGGAAAACUGACUUUGAGGUAUUCGACGCACUGAAGACCGACUCAGAAAAAUGUGCAGACAUGUCAGACUUGUCCAGCUCCCCUCCUGGACCGUACCACCAGGAUUCCUACACAAUCAAAUCAGAGGACAAACUGCGCUCUCCUCCCAUCCUUCCACCACACCUGCUGCAGGUGCUCCUCAACAAAGAUACUGGAAUCUCUUGUGAUCCCACUCUGCUGCCUGAACCAAACCAUGUGAUGCUCAACCACCUGUACGCUCUGUCCAUUAAGGAUGGCGUGAUGGUCCUCAGUGCAACACAUCGCUUCAAAAAGAAGUAUGUGACCACACUGCUAUACAAGCCUAUAUGAUCACAAUCAGCCUGUGUGAACUCCAAAACGAUUCUCUCCAGUUUCUGUCUGAUACAGUCUUGUACUGCAAAAUGUUACCCAUCAAGGGAAGGGACCAUACAUGUUGAAACUCGUAUGUGUCUGUCUGUGUGUCCGUGUCCCUAAAUGUCAGGAAGGAUGUAAAACGGAAUCAUGAUAUCUUCAAAGUUUGCACAACAGUAUGAUUUGAUAUACACAGUAUAUAAUUUCUUCUUAUGAAGCUUACAUUUUUAGGCUUUCCAAUAUAUACUUCAGCUGCAUUUUUGGUCAUAAUUGUGCCUUGGCUGGAUUUUUCUUUUGCUUGUACUUAAUUGAUUAUUGAAAAUUUCCUGCAUAUGAAAAGGUGAGAGAAAAUAAUUAAGGAAUGGUCCAAUUUUACAAAUAAAAUGCACUUA